AUGGUGCCAUUUCCCCCGAGGAGACUGGUGGUUUCAAGUACACCCCCGACAACGGGCACCGUCAACGACGCUACCCAGUUCCCCGAGAUCGGCAAGCCCGCCCACGGCUCGUACCACUGGGCCUUUGAGCGUCUCGUCGCCGCCUCGCUGAUCCCCCUUGCCGUCUCUGCUGCUGUUGUCUCCCCCACUGCCCACCCCAUCGUCGACGGUGUCCUCGGCAUCACCCUCAUCGCCCACACCCACAUGGGCUUCACCUCCUGUAUCGACGACUACGUCCACGAGCGCAAGUUCGGUGCCCUCGGCCACGCCGCCCGCUGGCUCCUCCGCGUCGCUACCGCCGGUGCCGUCCUCGGCGUCUACGAGUUCAACACCAACGACAUUGGUCUCACCGAGCUCGUCGAGAAGGUCUGGAAGGCUUAA